AUGGCUUCUACACUCAACUCUGUGCCAGCUGCCAAUGGCUCAUCUGGCAAUGCUGUCAACACACAGAACACUGGUCGCCCAUCAUUGAGGCCCAGUGCUAGCACCAAGGGGGAUGGUCGCCGCCAAUCUGGCAGCCCUGGGGAUGGUGGUCAGCGGCGCACAAACUCCCACAAAGCCUGGUCCCAAGGGACGAAUCCUAUCACGCAACGCGCCUCCCAUGCCUCGCCCAAUGGCAACGUGUCUCGCCAAUCGGGCUCCCCUAGGCCCAAUCAGAAGGAGUCAAACACACCCGAUAACCACGCCCAUGACCGUUUGGUCUUUCUCUUUGCCAGUUUUAUUGGCUUGCAUACAACUAUCACCACAAAGAACGGAGAUACGUACACCGGAGUGUUUUCGUCCUCGACCCUGGAGCCCACCGAUUCGUCCUUUUCGCUCAAGAUGGUGCAACGCGCACCCGAGGAGAAUAAGACGAAUGGUGUAAACGAUGCGACUACCCCAUACCUAGGGGCUGGCAUUGAUCAUGCCAUGUCGUUUGAUAUUAAGGACAUCGCAGAUAUCUCUGUGCCAAAUGUCGUGCCAGCGGAGGUGUCUGUCAAAGAAUCAAAUGGUGGAUUCCGGACAGACAGUGAUAUCUCUGGAAAUCUUGCCAUGCGAGAGCGCACUUUGAAGCGCUGGGAGCCGGCCGAGACAGACGUCGACUUGUCACUGGAGAGUACUACGGGGGAGUCGUCCAACUGGGACCAAUUUGAAGCGAAUGAGCGACUUUUCGGCGCAAGAACUAACUAUGAUGAAAACCUGUAUACAACUGUUCUUGACCGUUCAGACCCUGCCUUCCGUCAGAAACAGGCUGAAGCAGCCCGGAUUGCACGCGAAAUUGAGGGAACCGAUACCGAAAAUCCCCAUAUGCGCGAAGAAAGAGGUCUUGUAGCUCCAGCCACCGGUGAUGAUGACGAAGAAGCCAAGUACAGUGGCGUUCAGCGCGAGAAUAAAGCUUUCCCGCCGCUUGUUUCGGGCCAGCCAAACAAGUAUACACCACCUGGGCGCAGACAAGUGGGAGUCCCUCCUGCCUCAACCAAGCAGCCCCAACCUGCCCCAACAUCUGCGGCACCUCAAGAACCAUCCAAGGAGCCUAAUGCUGAGAAGCGGCAAACUCCGGUGCCCACGAAACCUGCUGCCGAAACAGAACAAAAGACUAUCCCCACAAAUGCUUCCGCUGUCGCCCCUGCCGCCGCUGUCUCUGCUUCGAAGCGUCCAGUACCUGAGAAUGCCACUGCAAAUGUCGAAACUGAGGUUCUUGACCACUUCCGCCAGUUUGCCAACAACGAGAAGUUCAAGAUACAGGAACGUCGGCGUAACCAGGCCUCACAUGACCGGACCAUCAAAUUGAAUGAAUUGAUGAAGUUCUCGAAGAAUUUCAAGCUUUCUACUCCCGUGCCAAAGGAUUUGGUACCAAUUCUUGCUAAAGACCCGCACAAGCAAGAAGCCAUCAUCUCCCGAGUUCAUACCCAGGGGGAUAAUAAAUCUCCGAGCAAAGCUGCUGCGCAGCUGCACCCGCUGAUCGUCAGAAUUACCCCCGCGGUCGACAAGGAUAUCUUCCCCCCCACCGGCCCACUUGCUGGACCGGGUGGCCGAUUCCCCCAGCAGCCCAUGCAACCGGGUCGCCCCGGCACUAGUACUCUCAGCCACCGACUAGCCGACAAUUUGCAGCAACGAAAGGGAGGCAAUGGCAUGGCCCCUGUACCCACUCCAUUGCCAAUUCAAGAUGUUCGUGGAGCUCCCACUGGCCCUGCUAGCGAGCAGCCUAGAGUCACUAGCCCUGCUAAAUCGCAGACCCUCGGUUCUGCUGCUUCCAAGUUUAACGUCCGGGCUAUGGAGUUCAAGCCAAAUCCAGCUGCCAGCACAUUCACUCCUGGUAGUACCGGUACAUCUGGAGGCCCCGCGGCCAGUCCUCGUCCUUUCUCAAGAAACCGCUCAGUUUCACACACAACAACCCCUUCCACAUUCUUUGGAAUUCGAAAGCCUCUCCCUAUCUCAGAGCGUCCGUCUAUUGAUGACCAGUUUAACCCCAUUAAACGAAUGAAGAAGGAGAAUGCCGAGUCGACGGAGAAAUCUUUCCCCUUCAACGGUGCCAUUCCACCACCUUACAGAACACUGCCGACAUGGGAUGCAUCUGAGGGCAACGAGGAAAAAACUUAUGACCAGAUGUUUAAGGCUUCCAGCGGCGGUCAAUCCGUCUCUCCCCAGGGUAGAUCUACAUCAAACAACCCCCACCUCCCUCAGCAUUCGAUCCAGUUCCAGUUCCAGCAAGGCAAUCCUGGAAUACCAGCGUUAAAUGGACCUCCAAAUGGGCCCCAUGUUCACCACCCUCACGGCCCUCAUGAUGAUCAUCGCAUGCAAAUGUCUGGAUCAUCAUCAUCUCAAGUUUUCCCGUCGCCUCGUAUGCAGCAGACGCACAUGGGAUAUCCUUCUCCCAUGGCACCUCCGGCACAACUUGCAUUUGGGCAGCCGAUGCCACAAUUUUAUGGAGGCGGCCCACAGCCCGCUCACAUGAGACCAUACCAAGGUGGCCAUGGGCCCCAAUUUGUUAACCCCCAAAUGGGGGCUCCCAUGAUGGUACAGCAACCUUCUAACGGACCUUAUAUGGGUGUUCCACAAGGAAUGUCUCCUUAUAAUCAGAUGCAAAUGUACUCUCCAUCUCCGGGCCAUGCCUACCCGCAGCAUGCACCUGCCCAGCCACACAGCGGAUAUCCUAGCCCAAGCCGUGGCGCUCCGAUGAUGAUGCACCAGAACUCGCAAUCAGGUCAGCCACCGCAGGGCAUGAUGUUCAUGUCUCCCGGUCAACCUGGAUACGGCGGUCAACAACCUGGGCACGCACCCUCUGGCCGCGGCGGUUAUCCCCAACAACAACCGCAUUUUUCUUCCAGCCCUCACCAAGCCCACCAUUUCCCUCCAAACCAGCACCGUGCGCCUAGCAAUAACUUCAACCAGGUCCCUCAGAUGCCUCCUCAGAUGUCUCCAAACGCCCCUUCAAACUCCGGGCCAGGAACGCAUUCUGCUGAGGCUACCGAUGAGGGCAAAUGA